AUGACGUGUCAUUCGUGUGUAAAUAAUAUCCAGGAUAAUAUACGAUCCAAGGACGGUAUCAAAUCGAUCGUCGUUUCACUGCAAAACUGUGAAGCAACAGUUGAAUUCAAUGCAUCGAAACUGAAUGGUGAGAGUGUCGCUGAAAUGAUCGGUGAUAUGGGAUACGAUACGAAGUUGAAAUUCGUUAAAGAUAAUUUGGUGUCAGCUGAAAGCGAUAAUCCGAAGUAUCGCGAAGCCAUAAUCGACAUUCAAGGAAUGACUUGUCAUUCAUGCGUUAAUAACAUCCAAGAUAAUAUGAGUUCCAAAGAUGGUAUCCAGUCUAUUGUUGUUUCGCUGAAAGAUUGCGAAGGUCGAGUGAUAUUCGAUACAGCUAAGUGGACUGAUGUAGCACCGUUAAUACCCGCUCUGCAAGAGAAUAAAAGCGAUGAACCACCAAGGAACAAAUUAUCGUCAAUCCUUCGUUCACAUUCCUCCACAAAAGAAGAUGACAAGAAACAGUUGAUAAUGAAUUUCGAUGAUAAAAGCGUUCGAAUGAGUCGAAAGAAUACGAAAUUCAAGCAAGGGCUGGAGAAGUGUACAUUAUCGGUGGAGGUAAGUUUUGUACCAAUUCAAACAUCAACAAUAAUUUGGAUUCGUUCACGAAAAUACAAAAUUUUAGGAGUGCAGUCAAUAGUGGUGGCGCUAAUGUCAUCGAAAGCAGAUGUGACAUAUGAUGCGAGUUUGAUAAGUGCUCAGCAACUGGCCGAUGAAAUAAGUAAUCUCGGCUAUCGAUCGACCGUCAUCGAUACCGGCUCAACCAAUCACAGCAAAUUGAAUCUUACGAUCGUUGGAAUGUCAUCGUCAAUCUGCGCAUCACGCAUAGAAUCGCAUGUGAUCUCAAGGAAAGGUGUCGAGUCAUGCACGGUGUCGUUGCCGACGUCGACUGCGUACAUCGAAUACACGCCUGCUUUUAUUGGACCGCGAGACAUC